CGGGGCUCGUGUGCCUGUCAGGACCAUCCCGCUGCCCCUCACGGCUAGGGUCCCAGCAGCGGACGGGGCUGGCCGGGGGGCCUGGAGAGCGAGUCUCCGGUCUCAGAAAGGCGCAGGGCCGCCGCGGGCCUCGAGGAAAGGGCCCUCAGCUAGCUGGUGUCGGCUCUCACAGCCCACUCUGACCGCGCCUUUGCCCCUCCCGCUCCUGCUAGCCCCGUGGCGCCGGCGAACAGGCGGACACGCGGAUCCGCCUCACCAGGACGGGAUUCCGGGUCGCACUGCGCAUGCCCUGAAGUCAUGGCCGGCGGAGGCGGUGGUUCGCGGCGGCGCGCUGCGCGCGGCGGUAAUUAGUAAUUGUCCUCCUGCUCCCGGGAGGCGAGGCGCGUGGGGCGCGGCUUCCCGGUGGCUGCGCGGCGGUACCCCGGCCCGAGGGGCAGCCGGGCAGAUGAGACCGCCGCUUCUCCGUGCCGUGUAGAGGUUUCUCAGAGAGAAGCACGGACCGGUUCCGAACCCUCCGGACCGCCCGCGGGGAACUGAACCGGCGCGCGGGGACGGGCCGUGGGACCGCGAGGCCGCGGAGAGGAAGGUGCAAUGGCGAGGAAUUUAUCUGUAAUCUUGAUUCUGACCUUCACCCUGUCAGUCACAAAUCCCCUUCAUGAACUAGAACCGGCAACUGCUUUCCCUCAGACCACUGAGAAAAUUAUUACAAAUUGGGAAUCUGGCAUUAACGUUGACUUGGCAGUUACCACACGGCGACAUCAUCUACAGCAGCUUUUCCAUCGCUAUGGAGAAAAUAAUUCCUUGUCAGUUGAAGGGUUCAGAAAGUUGCUUCAGAAUAUAGGCAUAGAUAAGGUUAAAAAAAUCCAUAUACACCAUGACCACGACCACCACUCUGACCACGAUCACCACUCUCACCGUAAUCAUGCUGCUUCCAGUAAAAAUAAUCGGAAAGGUCUUUGCCCAGACCGUGAGUCUGAUAGUUCGGGUAAAGAUUCCAGAAACAGCCAGGGGAAAGGAUCUCACCGAUCAGAACAUGCCACUGGUAGAAGGAAUGUUUUAAUCAAGGAUGGUGUUACUGCUAGUGAAGUGACCUCAACUGUGUCUAAUGCUGUCUCUGAAGGAACUCACUUUCUAGAGACAAUAGACACUCCAAAACCUGGAAAACUUUCCCCCAAAGAUGUGAGCAGUUCCACUCCACCCAGUAUCACAGAAAAGAGCCGGGUGAGCCGGCUGGCCAGUAGGAAAACAAAUGAAUCUCUGAGUGAGCCCAGAAAAGGCUUUAUGUAUUCCAGAAACACAAAUGAAAAUACUCAGGAGUGUUUCAAUGCAUCAAAGUUGCUUAUGUCUCAUGGCAUGGGCAUCCAGGUUCUGCUGAAUGCAACGGAGUUCAACUAUCUCUGCCCAGCCAUCGUCAAUCAAAUUGAUGCUAGAUCGUGUCUGAUUCAUACGACGAGUGAAAAGAAAGCUGAAAUCCCUCCAAAGACCUAUUCUUUACAAAUAGCCUGGGUUGGUGGCUUUAUAGCCAUUUCCAUCAUCAGUUUUCUGUCUUUGCUCGGCGUUAUCUUAGUGCCUCUCAUGAAUCGGGUGUUUUUCAAAUUUCUCCUAAGUUUCCUUGUGGCACUGGCCGUUGGGACAUUAAGUGGUGAUGCUUUUUUACACCUCCUUCCACAUUCUCAUGCAAGUCACCACCAUAGUCACAGCCAUGAAGAAUCUGCAAUGGAAAUGAAGAGAGGGCCACUUUUCAGUCAUCUGUCUUCUCAAAACAUAGAAGAAAGUACCUAUUUUGAUUCCACAUGGAAGGGUCUGACAGCUCUUGGUGGCUUGUAUUUCAUGUUUCUUGUUGAACAUGUACUCACAUUGAUCAAGCAAUUUAAAGAUAAGAAGAAAAAGAGGCAUUCAUGGAGAGCUGUUCUCUAUCUCGAUAACCCUGGAGUUCUCUGCUUUCAGUAUUCCCUUCAAACUCCUGAGAGGAAUCAGAAAAAACCUGAAGCUGAUGAUGAUGUGGAGAUUAAGAAGCAGCUGUCCAAGUAUGAAUCUCAACUUUCAACAAAUGAGGAGAAAGUGGACGCAGAUGAUCGACCUGAAGGCUUUUUACGAGCAGACUCCCAGGAGCCCUCCCACUUUGAUUCUCAACAGCCAGCGAUCUUGGAAGAAGAAGAGGUCAUGAUAGCUCACGCUCAUCCGCAGGAGGUCUAUAAUGAAUACGUCCCCCGCGGGUGCAAGAAUAAAUGCCAUUCACAUUUUCAUGAUACGCUUGGCCAGUCAGACGAGCUCAUUCACCACCAUCAUGACUACCAUCACAUUCUGCAUCACCACCACCACCAAAACCACCACCCCCACAGUCACAGUCAGCGCUACUCUCGGGAGGAGCUGAAGGACGCCGGCAUCGCCACGUUGGCCUGGAUGGUAAUCAUGGGCGACGGCCUGCACAAUUUCAGCGAUGGCCUCGCAAUUGGAGCUGCUUUUACUGAAGGUUUAUCAAGUGGUUUAAGUACUUCUGUUGCUGUGUUUUGUCAUGAGUUGCCUCAUGAAUUAGGUGACUUCGCUGUUUUACUAAAGGCUGGCAUGACUGUUAAGCAGGCUGUUCUUUAUAAUGCUUUGUCAGCCAUGCUGGCAUAUCUUGGAAUGGCAACAGGAAUCUUCAUUGGUCAUUAUGCUGAAAAUGUUUCCAUGUGGAUAUUUGCACUUACUGCUGGCUUAUUCAUGUAUGUUGCUCUGGUUGAUAUGGUACCUGAGAUGCUGCACAAUGAUGCUAGUGACCAUGGAUGUAGCCGCUGGGGAUAUUUCUUUCUACAGAAUGCUGGGAUACUUUUGGGUUUUGGAAUUAUGUUGCUUAUUUCCAUAUUUGAGCAUAAAAUUGUGUUUCGUAUAAAUUUCUAAUUAGGACAUAAAUGCUAGAGUAGCUUAAAAAAAUAUUGCUGUCUGUAGUUUGAAUAGGUCAUAGGGAGAUGAGAGUUCAUAUGCUGUGAUAUGCAGCCUUUACCGUUAGUGGAUUUUGUGAUUUUUUUUAUUGAAUAUUUCCAUUUGUUAUGCUUAUAAGGUCAGUUAUGGUGGUAAUACAAAGGUACGUUUUAAUAUUUAAGUUAUUCUAUUUUGGGAAUAUGAGCUAUAUGUGCAAUUUACCAAUUUUACCAGUUUAUUGUAUAAACAAGAGAUUUGGCAUGACAUAUUCUGUAUAUUUCAGGAAAAAUGUCUUUAAUGCUUUUUCUAGAACUAAUUUAACACAGUAAGCCCCGUGCUGGAUGUCAGGCCUCUGAAGAACUGCUGGCAUUUAGGAGUAGGCAUGCACACACAGCCUGAGAUACCAAUAAAGCUCAUACUAAGUUUUAGCUAAGAAACAAAGAGAAAAAAAGAAGAAUCUGUAAGAAUUAAGAGAGCACAGAUUUCCUACCAAAAAAAAAAAAAAGGCACAAAACUGGCUAUGAAAUAGAAAAUAAAAUUUAAAUUAAAAAGGCAAUAUUAGUAUAGAGUACAUUCAUAAAACAUUUUUGUCAGAGUAAAAUAAACCAGAGUGAGCACUUUUUACUAAUUUAGUUGUACAUUUAACUUUGUAUAAUAGAGAAGUCUAUUUAAUGAAUUCAAGCAAUAUAUAGCUUAACCAAGAAAUUGGAAUGUUAAAAUAUUUCUGUGGAGUUAUACCAGAUGAGGAUGAGUAAGUCUAUGGCCAGAAACUUGGGUAUUGAAUGUUCUAGUUAUCUGGUUUACCAAAUGUCAGCAUAUCAGAGCUUGGAGAUAGGCAAGGACAUUAAAACCAUGCUGAGUAUAAUUUGACUUCUUGGAUCAGAAAGUACUUUGGUAUCUUUCAGUGCUUCAGUGUUGUCAUUAUGAGCAAUUAUCAUUUUUAUAUGUAGUACUUUAGACAUACUAGAACUGUCUAUGGCAUUCUCUAGAUGUUGCUUUUCUAUAAAAUAAAUUCCCCAUGUCAGCUUGA